AUGGCGACCAUUCCAACAGAAGUUCCAAUCCCAUUCUCUGAGCCGCCAUACCUUCAAGGCUUGCCGGUUCCCUGGAUGACACCACAACUUCGAGAGUGGCAACAAAAAUGCCGAGCUUUCAUCACAGAGCAUUUGACACAGUAUGCCUGGGACUGGGAAAAGGAAGAAACUGUUCCAGAGCAUGUCUUUGGAGACUUCAACAAGCAUAACAUGCUCAUCCCUUCAUUGCCGGCUCCUCUUCCAGUGAAAGAAUUGAAGGAUGCUGGAAUCCACGAUAUCCUUGGCGUCAAGGUAGAGGACUUCACAUACUUCCACAAUUACAUCUACGGCGACGAGAUGAUGAGGAGUGGUUUGGCGGGGCCACCUGGCAGUCUUACUACUGGCAUGGCCUUUGGUGUACCGCCUAUCAUUAAGUUCGGUAAUGAGCAGCUCAAGAAGCGAUUUCUGCCCGAUCUACUCACUGGACGGAAGAGAACCUGCAUUGCGAUUACGGAACCAGACGCUGGAUCUGACGUGGCGAACAUUCGCACCACUGGCGUCAAGAGUAAGGACGGGAAGAAGUGGAUCAUCAACGGCACCAAGAAAUGGAUCACGAACGGGUACUGGGCGGAUCUCUCAGCAAUGGCCGUGCGUACAGGAGGACCCGGGCCUUCAGGCUUAUCGAUGAUCGUCGUGCCGCUCAAGGGCCACAAGGGAGUUGAAAUGCGGCGGCUGAAGGUUCAAGGACAGAUCAGCGCCGGCACUACCUUCAUUGAGCUGGACGACGUCGAGGUGCCUGUGGAGAACCUCAUUGGAGAAGAAGGACAAGGCAUGAGAUAUAUAAUGACGAAUUUCAAUCACGAGCGGCUUACCAUCGCUGUCGGCGCUACGAGACAAGCGAGAGUCGCCCUGUCAGCUGCGUUCUCAUACGUGUUGAAGAGGGAGGCGUUUGGCAAGAAACUCUUCGACCAGCCGGUUGUGAGGCACAGACUCGCAAAGGCUGGAACCCUCUUGGAGUCGCAGAGCGCCUGGGUGGAGCAAUUCGUGUACCAGAUGACAACGAUGAAGAAGGAAGACGCAGACGUUGCCCUUGGAGGAUUGACCGCCGCAGCAAAGGCCAACGCUGGAAUGGUGCUCAAAGAGUGUGCAGACUGUGCCGUAUUGCUAUUCGGCGGUUCGGGAUACACUCGAUCUGGUCAGGGAGAGAUCGCAGAGAGAAUGGUCAGGGAAGUCAAUGGUCAGCGUAUUCCAGGUGGCUCAGAAGACGUGAUGCUUGACCUCAUGGUUCGUCAAUUGGGCAAGAAUUACGAGCGGGCAUUGAAGAGGUUGGAGCAGAGUUCGGGAUCGAAGCUUUAG